AUGGACGUCGUGAACUACGAAGUGACCGAUGCCGGUACCGUAGCCUCGGCGCUGUCUCUACUGCUGAUCGUCCUAAUUCUGUUGCAAGUGACCGCCUUCGCCUUUGGUUGUGGUCCCUGGAUCACACGUCGACAACCGGUCCCUGCCAAGCUGGACGGCCCGACGUCGUUUCCAGUCAUCGGGGCGCUGCACGCCAUGAACGGACACCGCGACAGGCCGUUCCGCAGGUUCACUGAGCUGGCACGUCAGUACGGGCCCGUGUACGCCAUGACCAUGGGAUCGAUGCCAUGCGUGAUCGUCAACGAUUAUCCGUCCAUCAAGGAGGUGCUCAUCACCAACGGCUCCAAGUUCGGUGGACGGCCCGACUUUUUCCGGUACAACGUGCUUUUCUCCGGUGACCGGAACAAUUCGUUGGCUCUGUGCGAUUGGUCGUGGCUUCAAGAAACUAGGAGAAAAAUUGCUCGAAUAUACUGUUCACCCAAAGUAUGUUCAACCAACUACGGUAUGCUGGAUUCUAUUGCGUCUGAAGAGCUGGAAGUGUUUUUGGAAUCGUUGGCCGUGAUCACCGUUCAUGGUUUCGAGCAUGAGGUGCAAAUUAAGCCGCCUUUGUUGAUGGCUUGCGCCAACAUGUUCAUGCGGUUCAUGUGUUCGACGCAGUUUGAUUAUGAUUACCACAAGUUCCAGACUAUGGUCAGGACGUUUGACGAAAUAUUUUGGGACAUCAACCAAGGUUACGUGGUAGACUUUUUACCGUGGCUGACGCCAUUCUACAGAGGCCAUAUGCGAAAGCUGUCAGCGUGGUCGGCAUACAUUAGACAAUUCAUGAUGGACGAGGUCGUGUCAAAGAGGAGCAGCUACGUGAAAGUUGUGGAGGCAGAGAUCAUUGGUGGCUACAAAAGCUAUGACAAAGAAGAUGAUGAUGAGGAAAACUCCAUAGACUUUACAGACGCCUUGCUUAUGAACCUGCGCUAUGAUCCCAGGCUCAAAAUGGACCACGUGCUUUUCGAGUUGGAAGACUUCAUUGGUGGGCAUUCGGCCGUUGGUAACAUGGUCAUGCUCACCCUAUCAAUGGUGGCCACAAGACCACACGUGGCCCAAGCAAUACGGGAUGAGGCCGAACAAGUCACUGGUAGCCAACGUUUGGUACGCCUCUACGACAAGCCAGACAUGCCGUACACCGAGGCUACUUUGUUAGAGACUCUGCGCAUCAUUUCGUCGCCCAUUGUGCCCCGUGUUGCAACCGAAGACACUACCAUCAAAGGAUUCAAAAUAUCAAAAGGCACGUGCAUUAUAAUCAACAACUACGAAAUAAACACCAGUCCAGCCUACUGGGACGAUCCGAACGUGUUCGACCCCAAUCGUUUCAUACACUGCAGACCCGGCUCAAAGCCGAGCAUUCGAAAACCUGAAUACUUUCUGCCCUUCAGCACUGGUAAAAGGACGUGCAUUGGACAGCAAUUGGUUUCUGGAAUCGGGUUUGUACUGCUGGCCGGCAUACUACAGAGGUACAAAGUAAAGGCCACUCCUCAAUUGGCGAUACCCGAGGCCCGUCUGGCUCUCCCACCUGACACGUACCCGUUGAUAUUGAUACCGCUCGACGGACCUCAAUACAAUCGAGUGUGAUAGGUAUAUAUGAAUAUUGAAUAAUAUGGUAUUCAUCGUCGACAUUAGGUUAAAAUGACAUUCAUAAUCACUACAAAUUGAAUUAAUUAGUUUUUUUUUUUAUACCCAAACAAUAUGUUGCAUAGGUAGCCAGGUGGCAGGUAGGUAAACUGUUUCACAAAACUGUUUGAUUUACAGUUUAUUAGGAACUUCACAAUAUUUUUUCCACGUUGAUGUUCGAUUAAAUUGCGUAUUAAUAGUUAUAUUAUUUAAAUAAAAUUAAACUUAUCAUUUAAGAUAAAUUAUUGAC